AUGAAAGUCAGUUCAGCGGCUUCUUCCUUGAGGAUAGCUGUCUUAUAUCUGGCCAUCGAGAAUCCCUGCAGCAGCAGCAGCCCUUGUUUGAGGAAUGGCACCUGUCAAGCUGAAACCAGUAAAGGUUUUCGCUGUCUCUGUCGCACAGGAUUUACUGGAGAGAGUUGUUGGUUAGUUUGCAGAAAUUGUGCCGAAAUUUUCAAGUCCGGAGGAAAAAGAGACGGCUUUUACGCCAUUAGACCAGAUGGUUUGUCCUCCUUUGAUGUAUUCUGUGACCAAACAAAAGCCGGUGGAGGACGGACGGUGUUUCAAAAGAGAUUUGAGGGUUCGGUUGAUUUCUACCUCAGCUGGAACGACUACAAAUAUGGCUUUGGCGACGUGAAUGGUGAAUUUUGGUUGGGACUGGAGAAGAUUCACGCCCUGACCCCAGAUGACAACAACAUGCUGCGUGUAGACUUGGAAGACUUUGGAGGGAAUACUCGAUAUGCUGAGUAUAACAUGUUUGGUGUCACGAGUGAGAAUGACAAGUGCAAGCUCAACCUUGGCUCAUACUCGUGUAAUAUAAUGAAGUUUUCACCACCAACAACCCACAAACGAAUUAUUAACGUUAUUGGCAUAACCAAGGAGUUGAACAGAACGACUCUACCUUCUCCAUGUAAACGUUUCUGUUUGCUUCAACUAUUAGUGAGUGAGGAGAGCGCAAAGUAA